AUGGGUGCCGCUGUUGCCCUCCACUCAGCAGCAUGCUAUGCUCAUGGCAAAUUCACAAGUGGCAUUCCCUAUCCAAUCACACUCAACGCAGUCAUCAGUUUGAGUGGCUGGCUCCCUUGCUCAAGGACCCUGAGGGGCAAGAUGGAGAGUUUGCAUAUUGCUGUAAGAAGGGCUGCCUCCUUGCCCAUCCUGCUUGGUCAUGGAAGAGUGGAUGAAGUUGUCGUCUACAGGAAUGGCGAGAGAUCAGCUGAGAUUCUGAGGAACUCAGGAUUCUCAUUUCUGACUUUCAAGCCCUACAAUGGGUUGGGCCAUUAUACAAUCCCUGAAGAAAUGGACGAUCUCUGCAACUGGCUCAGCUCAUCACUUGGCCUCAGCCGAUCUCGCUAA